GAACGAAAAGUAACCUGCAAACAUCCAGUAACAGGACAGCCAUCACAGGACAACUGUAUUUUUGUUGUGAAUGAACAGACUGCUGCAGCAAUGACAUCUGAAGAAAAGAAGGAGCGACCAGUAAGCAUGAUAUGUGAAGCAACUAACUAUAAUCUGACAUCAGAUUAUGCUGCUCAUCCAAUGAGCCCUGUGGGCAGAACAUCACGAUCUUCAAAGAAGGUUCAUAACUUUGGAAAGAGAUCAAACUCAAUAAAGAGAAAUCCCAAUGCCCCAGUUGUCAGGUGUGGCUGGCUCUACAAACAGGAUAGUACUGGAAUGAAGUUGUGGAAGAAACGGUGGUUUGUGCUGUCAGAUCUGUGUCUCUUCUAUUACAGAGAUGAGAAAGAAGAAGGAAUACUGGGUAGCAUACUUCUACCUAGUUUUCAGAUAUCUGUGCUUUCUCCUGAGGACCAUAUUAACCGCAAAUAUGCCUUUAAGGCAGCUCAUCCAAACAUGAGGACCUAUUAUUUCUGCACAGAUACAGGGAAGGAAAUGGAGUUGUGGAUGAAAGCCAUGACAGAUGCAGCACUUGUGCAGACAGAGCCUGUGAAAAGAAUCAUAGAAUCGUUUAGAGUAGAGAAGUUAACCACUGAAAAUACACCACCUCGAGAGGCAAAUAAUAUUUCAAACCAUCGGGUGCUAAUUAAGCCAGAGGCACAAAAUAACCAGAAAGACAAAGAAGUGAACAAAAAUGAGGAAAAGAAAGCUUUGGAAGCUGAAAAAUAUGGGUUCCAGAAAGUUGGGCAAGAUAAACCAUUAACAAAAAUUAACAGUGUAAAGCUAAAUCCUUUGGGAUCCGAAUAUAGGACUUUACCCAUAACCACGAUUCAGGCUGGACACUUCAGACCAGUUCAUUUAAAUGGGUCUGAGAAUAAAGCUGUUGGUGUUGUCCUGGCGGACACUGGAGAUGGAGGUCAGCACAAUGCGGUUCAGUCACAUAUGGAGUCUGAACGAGUUAUGCAGAGAACUAAUUCAAUGCUGCAGUUGGAACAGUGGAUUAAAAUACAAAGAGGAAAAGGACAAGAAGAAGAAGCAAGAGGCAUAAUCUCAUAUCAGACGUUACCAAGAAACAUGCCAAGCCAUCGACCUCAAGUUCUACCCCGGUACCCAGAAGGCUACAGAACACUGCCAAGAAACAGUAAGGCACGGCCGGAGAGCCUCUGCAGCAUAACGCCGUCAGCUUACGACAGAGCCAUAGGACCAGUGACAGCCGAAGAAAAACGGAGGUCGAUGCGCGAUGACACAAUGUGGCAGCUCUAUGAAUGGCAGCAACGUCAGUUUUACAACAAGCAAACAACUCUUACUAGACACAGUACUUUAAGCAGCCCAAAAACUAUGAUUAAUAUUUCUGAUCAGACAAUGCAUUCGAUUCCCACCUCACCUUCUCAUGGUUCAAUUGCUGGUUUCCAAGGAUAUUCCCCACAGCGGACCUACAGAUCAGAAGUGUCUUCACCAGUGCAAAGGGGAGAUGUAACUAUUGAUCGCAGACACAGGACGCAUCAUACUAAGCAUGUCUUUGUGCCCGACAGAAGGUCAAUGCCAGCAGGUCUGAGUUUACAGCCUGUUACUCCUCAGAGCCUCCAAGGCAAAACACCAGAGGAGCUCACGCUGCUGCUAAUAAAGCUGAGACGGCAGCAAGCUGAACUGAGUAGUAUCCGGGAACACACACUAGCACAGCUCAUGCAACUAAAACUUGAGGCCAGCAGCCCAAAGAAUGAGAUUCUUUCACAUCACCUUCAAAGGAAUGCCAUAUAUUUGGAUCAUCAG